CAACUUGCAGCACCAACUCAAACAAGGCUUUCAAGUGCUGGAAGAGCAGUGAAUUGCAUUAGGAGAUAUCGGUGCUGAAUCCUGCAAACAUGAUUGCCACCACACAGCAGAAUAUGACAACGGAGCUGACGAGUCUCACCUCUUGCUGCUGUCUCGUCUCACUCUGGAGAACCUCGAGAGCGAGGAUUUCAGAGUUCACGACCCAUGUGCGACAUGGCUAAAUGAGAACGAGGUGUCACUUUGCACCCAGGAGGGUCACGUUUUAAUCCACAAUCUCAGCACAAAUCUAACCACCACGCUAUUGGACAAUAGCACCCUGUUGAUCCCGCAGCAUGUGCCUUCAAAGAGACUGUUUCAGCAGGGCCACCCUUUGAAUGCAGCAGCUGGGUUACACUGAGAAUCAUAUAUGGGUCAUUGCCUCAGACGCUCAGUGGAAUGUUGUUGAGAUGGCAGAUACUUCUCCUCUAAAGCUUCUACCCACACUGUCAACACUGUUACACUUGUCACAUUGGCUUUAUGCCCCAACAACAUUUCUUACCCACAGUGCACUUUCUGCAUUCAUAGUUUGCAGAUUAUGGGUGUUUUAAGGGAAGAAUUCAAGUUGAGUUCCAUGGCAUGUUUUUGAUUUCCACCAUAGACUGUUAAAAAAGAUGUCUCAAUUUCCUUCCACUAGAAAAAUGAAGCCAAAAUAUCCCAGAAACUGUCGUUGCUGAUUUACAUCAUUAGGAGCCUGAGCCUGUGCGUUAGUGAUCCUGAGGUGGAACCGCGGUAUCAAGGAUCUGAAGUCCAUGAAGUUCCAGGUUUCAGCUGAUAAGAGGUUCAUCCUGAUGGCUUAUAAUAUCCACCAUGUAUUCUCACAGUCCUUCACAGCAUCCUUUGCAAUCUACACAGUGGCCAGCGGGGAGAUUAUGGACCUCACCCCAUCAGAGGAGGAUACGUCUGUGCUUCAGUAUGCAGCAUGGGGACCUCAAGGGAACCAGUUGGUCUAUAUCUUUGAGAAUGACAUCUAUUACAAGCCAGAUGUGUCUAGCAAGGCGAUGCGUCUGACAGCCACCGGCAGAAACGGAAUGGUGGUUAAUGGGCUGUCUGAUUGGACCUAUGAGGAGGAGAUAUUGCUGAAAUAUCAUGCGUUCUGGUGGGCCAAAGACGGCGCACGCCUGGCGUAUCUAUCCAUUAACAACUCAGCCACUCCUUUUAUGGAGAUACAUCACUUCCUGGGUGGGGUCUACCCUUCUAACGUCCUCUACCCAUAUCCAAAGGCGGGUUCCAGAAUCCCAUCAGCCAGUCUGUUUGUGGUGAAUUUAUACGGUCCAGCACACACAUUAGAGAUGAUUCCUCCAGACUCCCAGAACAGCAGAGAUAGCUACAUCUCUAUGGUGAGCUGGAUAAGCAGCACCCGUCUGACUGUGCGCUGGUUGAACCGUGUCCAGAACCAGUCCGUGCUGUGUGUGUGUGAGGCCACGACAGGAGCCUGCUCAGAGAGGCACCAAAUGGCGAUGGACUUCUGGCACAACACCCAGCGGCAGGAGGAGCCGUUGUUCACGGCAGAUGGUUCUCUGUUUUACCUCAUCCUGCCUGCCAAGCAAGGGGCCCGUGGGGAGUUUCUCCACAUCGCCAGUCUCCCUGCUCAGGCUUCCACUCCUUCUGUUUCUCCUCGCUUUCUAACGUCAGGGAACUGGGAUGUAACCUCGCUGUGCGCUCUUGAUGAGGAGAACGAUAAAAUCUAUUUUCUGAGCACGGAGGAGUCGCAGCAGAGCAGACACUUAUACAGCGUGGAGCUUGGAGGUGUCUUUCAUCGCCAGUGUCUGACAUGCAACCUGUUUGAGCGAUGCAGCUUCUUCAAAGCGGACUUCAGCCCCAAUCAGACAUACUUUACCCUCUAUUGCUUGGGCCCAGGCGUCCCAAAGGUGACCAUUCACAGCACAAGUGAUCCUUUCAGUUACAUGGUGGUGGAAGACAACAGCCUCCUCGCUAUGUCUCUUGAAACCAAGAUGCUCUCUGAGACCGUUUUCCAGACGCUUUCCUCCGACAACAGCGACCUAGAUGUGAAGAUGUCCCUGCCCCCUGGGUACGAGGGAAACCUGCACCCUCUUCUUAUUAUCAUUGACAGUAUUCCUGGCAGGCAGUCAGUGACGGAGGAGUUUGCCCUGGGCUGGCCGGAGGUUUUGUCCAGCCUGCAUGGAGUAGCGCUGGCCUGGAUCGACAGCAGAAGCCAGGUCUCGCAGGGACAGAAAAGCAGCACCCUGGACCCUCGCAAGCUGGGUUCCCUCCGCAUUAAAGACAAGCUUGGAGUCGUGGAAUGGUUAAUGCAGCUGCCGUACAUUGAUGGGAGAAGAAUAGCUGUUUAUGGAAAGGGAUUCGGUGGCUAUUUAGGUUUGAAGAUGUUGACGGCAACCAAUCAGAUGUUUAGAUGUGCUGCUGUCAUGGCUCCCAUCACAGACUUCAAGCUCUAUAGUGCUGCCUUCUCAGAGAGAUAUCUAGGCCUUCCAGCUAAAGAGGAGCAUUCAUACAUGACUGCUUCUUUGUUGGACGACAUCAGUAAGCUAAAAGAUGAAAACUUCCUCCUCAUACAUGGGACUGCAGAUGCGCGGGUACAUUUCCAACAUAGCGCUGAGUUGUUGAGUCGUCUGGUGAAGGUAGAGGCCAACUACACCCUUCAGCUGUAUCCAGAUGAAGGCCACACCUUGAGAGAAGAACGGAGCAAUCAACACCUGCACCGCACCCUCCUUCAGUACCUCCACAACUGCCUCAAAUACGACCCCUUCCUCAACAUGGAGGAGGAAGAGGAGGAGGACGAGGAGGAAGAGUGAUCUCUUCCACUGUGUCCGCUCUCAGUCCUCAAAGGUGCCCAUUUUGGUGACUAACUUCAGGUUGCGUUAUUUCACCAAAGGAAAAGGGAGCAAAAUGGAGAUCAAGAGGACCAAAUCCACCAGCUAUUUACCACAAACUCAACUUUGGGAAGUUUUUGUUUUUUUGUUUUUUUGUUCAGACUGCAACUGUAAAUGUCUCUUGAGUGUCAAGGAAGAUUAAACACAACUGCUCUGGUUCAUACAGUUUUCAAAUAAAUCACACACACAGUAUAAUGUCUAAGGUAAUCAACAUCUUUAGUCAGUUUAUGUAUAAAAUGGGUAAAAGAUGCUGCAUAGGCAUGUUGAUCAGCCUUGAUGUUGUAGCGCCACCUUGUGGUGAAAGAGAACUAAUGUUUUGUGCAGCAUGGAUAGUGAAGUUGAAAAUACUAGUGGUCAGCAGAUACAGUGUUAUUGUUUUACUAAAACUGUUAAAGUCAUUUUGUUAAUUGAAAGCUGAAGUUAAGCUAAAACUGAAUACAAUACAAUAUAGGGCUUUUCACGCUUGACAUUGUUAAUCCUGGGUCAUUCUAAACCCCUGGUAAACGAAAUCCUGGGUUAUCUUUAUUCACGUUUCACACUGCUUAUACUAUACCCGGGGUUAACAGUUAAUCCUGGGUAUUCAUAAGCUACCGUUUCACACUGCACAUUCCUAAACCCCGGGAUAAAGUCCUUAUCUGCAUUUUUGCGGUGUCAGACUGGACAAACGCAGCACGUGACCUGUUUAUAUAUAAACUCUAGCAUUGCGCGCCCUCAUAUUGCACAUUGCUGACUGAAAUAUAUAUAUUUUUUUUCCUGAGUAAAAUUUUCGAACUAUAAAGGUAAGAAUGACGGCCUCUUCUUCACACCAAUUGUCGCGUUUUCCAUCGCCGUUUGACAUUUUUUCCUAUCAUACGCAGAAACGACUGUUUAUACUUCGCGCGGUGUUUCCUUCACUGCCCAAAGCGCGUGAAUAUAAGGCACGUGAUUGGUUGUCGGUCGCUAAGCAUCUAUUUGUAACGUUCUAACACCGCAUCGUUUCACACUGCAUGUUUGGCACCGCAAAAAAAGCAGGAUUUCAUAACCCCGGGUAAAAAGCGGUGCUAACCCCGCAUCUAAAGUACAAGUGUGAAACGCUCCUUUACCCGGGGUUAAAAGCGGUGUUUAGAACGACGAUAACCCGGGGUUAAGCGCAGUAUGAAAAGCCCUAUUAUGAAUAUUAGAUGAAAAACUUAACUUAAAAAAAUAUUAGAAAUGUUGUCUUGACAACUAACUGAAAUAAAAUAGGUUGUACUGAAGUACUAAAAAAAAGUAAAUUAAAAUAUUUAAAUAUUACAAAAGCACAUAACAAAAUUACUAAAACUUAAACUAAAAUUAAAUUGGAACAUAUAAAACCAUAAUAAUACUAUAAUAGAAUGUAAAUAAUACUAAAAUAACACUAAUGCUAAUAUCUAGAAAGAAGAGUGGAUGAUAAUGCUGAUACUACAAUAAUGACUGCAAUUAAGAUUGCUGAAAUUAACGCCUGUUUUACACAAUAUUUAUUUAAAAUUCACUAAAAAAAGUUUCCAAUUCACCAAACCAAACAUUUGUUAAUCAGCCAAACAGACAUUGUUAUUGGCUGUAAAUGGCCAGUGUUUUGAUCUAGCGUAUACUGUGGAAGAUUUGAUUGAAUGUAAACUGCAACAUGUUAUUUGAACCUGGCUCUUUAUAUGCAUGACAAAUCGGCUGCAUGGUGCUGUAUACUCUGACUCUUUCAUAAUAUCUGUGCCAAACGCAAUAGAAAUUGAUGACAAAAUGUAGAAAUUGCAUACAGUGUGUUAACACAAAGUACACAGUGUGCACAGACAGCGAGGUUUAAACAUCUCCAAAGCAUUGCGGUAUAAGUACACAGACUGUCCUCACUGUAAGGGCACAAAAUCAAUGAAUCACACUGCAUGCUGCUGUUUACAGAAGCCUCAUAAGGUCUCCAGCAUACAUCAUAUCUCUUCAUAAACGUCAAGCUCUGCUGUGUGCAGUUUUACACUGAGAGUAACUAUAUUUUAGCUGGCAAGCAAGCAAAACUCGUUGCCAUUGUCAUGCAUAUGCAGAUUUUAUGUUUACAGAUCAAAUGUGCCAAAUACUCUGUGACCAAACCUUUUGGUACUGAUUUAUGUUACAGUUUUGAAUGUGGCAGUUUGUGCAUUUAGUAAAUUUGUUUUGUUAGA